CCGAUAGGCGGAGUUUGACGGCAAGACUCAGUGGGCGUGGAUUGGUCAGAGGUCGCUGGUCUGUGGACAGCAGCGUAACCAUGGGGAACGCCGAAAGUGGAUCCUACAGAAAACGUCUGCUCGGCAUCUCUCCGGAAGAACAGGCUGAGAUCGAGCAACGAUUUGAAAACUUUUGCGGGGAAAAUAAUUCAACUAAGAAAUGCGUCCACUUAAAAACCUUCCAGGAUUCUGUAGGUCACGCGUUGCCAAGCAAUAUGACCCAAAGGAUCUUCAACGCCAUCCAGGGAGUGAACACCGGCAAUAAGUCUUCUCCUCCCGCUGCGGAUAUUAGCAAGGAACAAUUCAUGUUAUUCUUUGUGGACGUGCUUAGAGGGAACGCAGAGGAAAAAAGCUGGGUUAUCUUCCGCUUGAUCACCUCCACUAACUGUGAGCACGUGAAACGAGAGCAGGUUCAGCAGUUUGCACAAGAUCUAAUCGUUUCCAUGGUGCGCGUUUUGAAGCUGCAGAAUUUUCUAAAUGGUUGGAACGUGGAAGAGACACUCGAUAAUUGUUCAGGGGUUUCAAUCCUGGCCUCACAGUUUUUAUCACAGUUAAAAUCUGCAGAUCAGACGAAUGUUGACAAACCUGAGCUUUCACACGCUUUGUGUUCGAGAGCCUCCAUUGAAGAUUGGCUGUACAGGGUCCCAAUGAUCUCUACAUUUCUCCGAGUCGUGGUGGCACGCGGUUUAUCUGUGCUGAAGACCCACCCAGAGAUCCAAAGAGACCUCCGCAAUCUGGUCCCAACCUGCCGGGGUGUGAAGAAGCCUUCUUUUGUCAGCCUUCUGGACCUUCCGUCAGUCAUGUUCCUAAACUCCCACCUCCCGUCCGAGGUACAGCACAAAUGGCGCCUCCUUUUCUCCACCAGUAUUCAUGGCGAGAGCUUCUCAAAGCUGUGUGGACACAUUGUGGACCAAGGUCCCUGCUUGUUAGUCUUAAAGGACUCCGAUGGGUUCGUCUUUGGGGGAUUUGCAUCUCAGACGUGGGAGGUUAAGCCUCAAUAUCAGGGUGACACACGUUGCUUCUUGUUUACAGCAUCCCCAAACCUGGAUGUGUACACGUACACCGGAUACAAUGAUCACUACAUGUACCUGAACCACGGGCAGCAGACCAUGCCAAACGGAUUGGGAAUGGGAGGCCAGCAUAAUUAUUUUGGCCUGUGGAUAGACAGUGAUUAUGGAACAGGACACAGCAAAGCCAAACCCAGAUGCACCACAUACAACAGCCCCCAGCUCUCUGCGAAAGAGGACUUCACCAUUGAUUCCUUGGAAGUCUGGGCUGUUGGAGAUAUCCCCGAACAUCUACUGGCCAAAAACAAAAAGAGCAUCUUGGAUGUGGAUCCAGAGGCACGAGCAUUGCUGGAGAUGACCGGAAAAACUCGGCAAAGCGAAGGUCUAAGAGAUGUAGAAGAUGAUGAGUGUUAGGAGAUCCUGUAUGAACUUCACGUAACACAUGGAAUGCCACCAAGGUUUUGGGUCUAAUUUGAUUUCCUGUGUGUAAUUUAAGGGCUAGUUUGAAAUAGAAGCCCUCCCUCAUAACUAGAAUGGAAACAAAUCAAACUCCAGAACAGCUUUUCUUUUUCGAGAUACAGUGUUUUCAUCGCUGCUAUCCAACGCCCUCCCUGCGUUUGGAUUAGUCUGCGGACAGGCCUACUGGAGUCAGGCCGUCUAGCUGCGUGAAGGAAUUAUUCUACCCCUUGUUUGAUGGCUUUUUUUCUAACUGCUCUGUCCACGGAUAGCCGAAGCGAUGCUGUUGGGGUCUGAAAAUGACAUUUUUCUAUAAUGGUGCUGUAAUUACCUGCUGUUGUAGGUCCUCUCUACCUUAUGUGCUUUACCAACAACUAAGUCCUGUAAAAACACACAAACUUAUAUUUUAAGACUCUGCUCAGAGAUCUGAGAUGAGCGGUGAGUUAACUAAUCAUGUAGUCAUUUAAUACCGGAUUUUAUAGCUUAUACAUUUAAAACGUUGCUGUCACAAAGAAUUUUCAAUGUCUCUGCUGGUAACUGCAAUGUUUAGGAUAUGUAAGACGCCCAGACUUGUUUUAUUCAAUCUGUUUAUUUUACUUGUUUAUAAUAAUGGUUUAAAGGCUAAAUAAUUCUAUUUUAUUUUAUCAGACUCUCUAGAUCAUGUAUGGCGGUCCCAAAAUUCCAGAACAGAAUGUUUUGCACUGAAAUAUUAGUACUUUAUCCUCCUAACAUGC